AUGACGGACGCGACGGUUCCCGAGGGACACAAAGGGCUGCAUGAUUUCCUCUACGGCGAGGGAGACGUACACGAAGCCACGACAUCCGCAUACACGGUGCGGCCAGGCGAGGACGACGGCACGCUGCUGUCGCCGGUGCCGGACUACGUGGCGGCCCGCGAGCUGCAGAAGCUCGCCGGGAUCUACGCCGUGUAUGACGGCGCUGGCGCGCUGCAGUACGUGGGUUACUCGCGGAACAUCGUCGUGUCGCUCAAAGGCCACAGGGCGGCUAUGGGCGAGGAGCUGUGCAGCUCAGUGCGAGUGCAGGUGUACCGGGCAGAUUCAAUGCUUUCCCGGGCAGUGCUGGACGGGGAGCGGAGGCGGUGGUUGCAGGAGCUCGGGCAGGGCGAAAGUUUCAUGCAGACUAGCAGGUACGCACAGGACGGACGGGCCCUUCUGAGUGCUUCUCCCCGUUGGCUUCCUACUCUCACCCAUUCCCAGUACCUUUCUCUUCUCUUGAGACUUUCGCCAUCUACUCUCAAAACAUACUCCCCCCGUUUCCUCUCCUCCCCCUUCAGUUUCGCCCGGUGGGAGGCGCAGGGCGCGCAGGUGGGCGCGGCAGCAGCGGCGGCGGCGGAAGGGGGGGAGCUGAGCGAUGGGGAGCGGGCGGAGCAGGAGGAGCGGCGGCUGAGAAUGCGCAAGGCGAUGGGGGAGAACCUGAUGGACGAUGAGGAGUACAGGCGGAGGGUGGAGGGCGGAGAGACGGACGGGGAGAGCGACAGGCGCCGGCUACAGCUGCUGCAGGCCACAGAGGGCGACGACUGGAGCUCUGUGAUUGACGGGCAGACGCAAGAAACCGUUUCUGCUAGAGGAGGCUCUAAUGGGAAGCCUUCCAGAGCAGCGAAAGGAGAGGCGAGAGGAGCCACAGCAACAGAAGCAGCAACAGCACAGCAAGGCAGCGGGGUAGCUGCACCCCCCGCUGCUCCCCCUUCUGCAGCACCCAUUGUUAGCCCGUUUGCGCGCCCAGGUGCUGCAGGCACGGGGGCAGGUGGGGAAGCAGAGGAAGCGGAGGGGGAGAUGGAGCUGAGUGUUGAGUCGGCUGACCGCGUGCUGGAUCGCGUGCGGCCGUACCUGGUGGCUGAUGGCGGGAAUGUGGAGGUGAAGGCGGUGGAGAACGGCGUCGUCAUUCUGGAGCUGCAAGGUGCCUGCAACACGUGCCCCAGCUCAGCAGCCACGAUGAAGAUGGGCAUUGAGAGGGCCCUGCAGGACGCGUUUGGGGAGAAGCUCAAGGAGGUGAUGCAGCUGGGCGGCGUUGACAACAGGCUCACCCUUGCUGCUGUGGAGAAUCACCUCUCACAGGUUCUCCAACCCACUCUGAGCAAGUACGGAGCGUCUGCAUCUGCAGUCUCUCUUGACCUAGUGAAGGGCUUUUGUGAAGUGCGGUUUGAGGGGCCACCGCCGAUGGCCAUGGGAAUUCAGGCUGCUUUGAAAGACAAGUUCCCUGAAAUUCGGCUUGUCAAGUUGGUAUCGUAA